AUUUGUCUAUCCGGUGAACUUGCUAACAAAGUGUCCCAUCCUCCAUUCUUUUUCCAUAUACCUACAGCAUUAACAAUUUGCCCUGGCCAGCCAGAAAUCGUUUGGGACUUAUUGUCUUAGCAUGAUGUUUUACUCAACAUAAUCUUUCAACCAUAUUUUUGGCUGAAACUUCAAACUACGAUUUAUUCUAUUUAAUUCUACUCCAUGUUGAAUAGCUUGUUUUAAGUGUAUGACGUAGUGUUUCCUGUUAUGAAAGUGUUGAAUUAAUUUUGAACAACGUUAUUUUAGUGUAGCAUUCGGGUAAAAGGUAAAUUGUUGUGUGACGUGUAAAUUUUGUGGAUAGUGAAAAUCAACAUCUAAGAUGAAACCGUAUUCACUUUCUUCAGUAACAUUUCAUAGGUCUUCAAAUGAAAAAUCUACCCACAGAAAGUCGCUAAAGAGAAAUGGUUUUGGCACAGCAUACUCGUAUAAAUUUUUGCGCCCAGAGAUGGAAUCGUCCCGAAAACACUGGGCUCCUCAUCCCAGAGAAUUCGCUAACUUUUUCUCAUUGUUUACGUUCACAUGGACCGCCAAAAUAUUCUUGUCCGAUUACAAAGAAAAAAUAACGCCUGAAACUAUUUGGGGUCCGUACAGCAAACACAAGUCCGCUUUAUUAGGUGAAAAAUUAGAAAAAAAUUGGAAAAACCAGCUUGGAAACACAAACAAAACUCCAAGUCUGAUGAAGGCUCUAUAUUUAACGUUCUGGAAAGACAUCCUGUUUAUUGCCGUUAUACACGUUUUCCAACAAACAAUUGACGUAUUUCUUCGGCCAAAAUUUCUUGGAUUGACUAUCUCUUAUUUCAACGCAGCUGAACAAAUAGACCUAAACACAGCCUUGUCCUCCGGUUUGGGACUUCUUCUUACUGCUUUGGUAACUAAUGUGUUGGUAAACCAUUACAUGGCAAAUGCUUUUACUCUCGGUCUGAAAAUGAGAGCGGCAUGCGUUUCACUUGUGUACAGAAAGUCAUUGAGGAUGAGCAAAACUGCGUUAGGUGAAGCUUCGGCAGGGCAAAUCGUAAAUCUUGUAUCGAAUGAUGUCAGUAGAUUUGAUUUUGUCGUAUUCACCAUGAACUUUCUCUGGUCGGCCCCAUUGAUAGCGAUGAUCAUCACAUAUUUCCUGUACGAUGAAGUUGGCUAUGCUGGUUUUGCUGGAAUGGCAGUUAUUUACACUAUUGCACCUAUACAAACAUACUGUGCCAAACUCACUACUAAGUUUAGAAGACAAAUUGCACAUAAAGCCGAUGAAAGAAUACGGCUUACAGAUGAAGUCCUUGGUGGUAUUCAUGUUAUUAAAACAUUUGCAUGGGAGAAAGUCUUUAUGAACUUACUUGAAUGGGCAAGAAAAAAAGAACUAAAAUCAGUCAAAUAUGCGAAUUAUUUACGAGGAACUUACAUGACAUUUAAUCUCUCAACAACAAGAAUAGCAUUAUUUUGUACUCUUGCAAUGUACGUGUUUAAAGGAGAGGCCCUUAAUGCUGGAAAAGUUUUUGUAACUACAUCAUAUUUUGGAAUAUUGUCGGGAUCAAUGUGCAGUGUAUUUGUGAGAGGAGUUUCUGAGGUCUCUGAAUGUUUUGUAUCUGUACAACGAUUGCAGAAAUUUAUGCUGAACGAUGAAGUCGAAUCUUUUCAAAUAAGUGAUGAUUUGAAGUCAAAUGUUAAAUCGGAUGAGAACAUUUGUCACAAUAAAGUAAACAAAAAUGGUUUUGUCAACAAUGGGUACAUUGAGGAAACUAUUACAGAUAAAUUGGAUGAAAAAACUUCUGUAACUCUGCAGAAUGUUAAUGCAAGUUGGUCAAAGUCAGCUCAGGAGAAUAUCUUAAAAAAUUUAAAUCUAAUGGUACUUGAUAAAAAAUUGAUUGCUGUCAUUGGACGUGUUGGUUCUGGAAAGUCGUCGCUCCUGCAACUUAUGCUUGGAGAGAUGAAAAUAAAAGGAGGCGAGAUGAGAGUCAAAGGCAAGAUUUCUUACACCUCUCAAGAACCAUGGCUGUUUGGAGGGACAAUUAUGCAAAACAUUUUACUUGGCCUACCUUUCAAUAAAGAAAGAUACAAUGAAGUAAUUCAUGCAUGUUCAUUGAACUGUGAUUUAGAACUUUUUCCUAAAGGUGAUCAAACAGAAGUUGGAGAAAGAGGAACAUCACUGUCAGGGGGUCAAAAAGCGAGAAUUAAUUUAGCAAGAGCGAUUUAUAAGGAGGCAGAUAUUUAUUUGUUAGAUGAUCCAUUAUCGGCAGUAGAUGCUCAUGUAGCACAAAAUCUGUUUAAACAAUGUUUUAAAGGAUUUCUAAAAGAUAAAAUAGUAUUUAUUGUCACACAUCAACUUCAGUUUGUUCAGGAAUGCGAUCAUAUGAUUUUCCUGAAAGAGGGAACAAUCCAGUACCAGGGAACUUUCACAACAUUUCUAAAUAAAGAUGACGAGUUUGGAAGAGAUAUGUUCUCUAAAGUAAAUGAAAUCGAUAUUAAGAAUGAAGGGAAUGAACCAAAACAAAAACGACACUUCGAAAGAAUGCUUUCUGUUAGAAGUACCAAGUCAGUAAGUACAGUGGCUGAUGAUAUUUCAACAAUUGAUGAACUUGAAGGAGUGGAAGAAUACACGCCCAAAAAAAUUGAUUCUCUAACAGAAAUGCAAGGCGCAUAUAAAGGAAAUGUAUUUCUAGGAUACAUCAAAACUGGAUCGUCAUUUACGACAUUAGUUUUUUUUAUCACUCUUCUCAUAGCUUCCCAGGUUUUGGCAAGCUUGAGUGAUAUUUUUGUGUCCUAUUGGACAACCCAAGAAGAAUUGAUCUUAGCAACUAACAAUGGGUCAAUUAGUGUUCAAAAUUUUGCCAACGAAAGAACUCUAAAUGUCACAAUUUUCGGAUUGCUAGUAUUUUCCCUGUUUGUGGUUGCAUUUACAAGAGGAAUAAUUUUUUAUGUUAUGUGCAAAAACUGUUCCAAAGGUCUCCAUUCUCAAAUGUUGAAGACAAUUCUAUCAAGAGAUCUUGGAUUUUUCAACAAAAAUCCCUCAGGUGCAAUACUCAACCGAUUUUCAAGAGAUCUAGGAUCCACGGAUGAAUUGUUGCCUAAAUCAGUCCUAGAUUCCGGGCAGGUAUUUGGACAAGUGCUAGGUGCAAUUAUUAUAUCGAUGAUCGUAAACAUCUGGUUUGCCAUCCCUGCACUUAUAUUUUUCAUAAUAACUAUCACUGUAAGGCAUUAUUACAUGAAGACAGCGCUCAACCUCAAAAGUAUUGAAAACACUGUUCGAAGUCCUGUCUUUACACAUUUAAACACAUCUCUUCAGGGUCUUGCUACCAUAAGAGCUCAUGGAUCACAAGAACGCCUAAUUGAACAAUUUGACUUACAUCAGGAUCUGCACACCGGGGCUCUUUAUACAUUUGUAUCAACACAGCAGGCUUAUACUUUUUGUUUGGACUUGUUAGGACUGAUUUAUCUCUCUUGUGUAAUAUUCACAUUUAUGCUAUUUAAACAAGGAGCCUACGGAGCUGAUGUCGGCCUUGCAAUCACACAGUCACUAGUUGUUACAUCCUUGCUCCAGUGGGGAAUCCGUCAAUCAUCAGAAGUCGUAAAUUUAUUGACAUCCGUUGAAAGGUUACUUUUAUUUAUACAAAUAUCAGAAGAAGAAACGGAUAAGGAUAAAAAACUAGCCCCACAAGGCCAAUGGCCGAAAAACGGUGAAAUAAAAUGCCACGAUUUAAUCCUGAAAUAUAAUUCCGAUGAUCCACCAGUUCUUAAAAUUCACGAAAUUCAUAUAAAAUCUGGGGAAAAGAUAGGGAUUGUUGGGAGGACUGGAGCUGGAAAGUCAUCCUUCAUAUCUGCCCUGUUUAGGCUGGCACAUGUAGAAGGUCAAAUAUUGAUUGACGGAAUAGACACAUCUACACUGCCGUUAAACUUUCUUAGAUCUAAAAUCUGCAUCAUUCCACAAAACCCAGUUCUUUUUUCUGGCACCCUUAGGAUGAAUUUGGACCCGUUUCUUCAGCAUCCUGAUUAUGUUCUGUGGAAGGCACUAAACGAAGUCGAACUUGAUGAAAUUUUAAAAUAUGGAUUUGGCUUAAAUACAAAAAUUGCAGAUGGGGGUUCUAACUUAAGUGUGGGCCAGAGGCAACUUAUCUGCUUGGCACGUGCAAUUGUUAAAAACAGUAAAAUUAUUAUUUUAGACGAAGCUACUGCAAGUGUUGAUCCCAAAACUGAUGAUGUCAUUCAAAAAGUAAUAAGAAAAAAGUUUGAAGAAUGCACAGUUCUUGUUAUUGCACAUAGAUUAAAUACAGUAAUAGAUAGCGACAGGAUAAUGGUGAUGGAUGCUGGUUGUAUGGUUGAAUUUGACCACCCGCUGAAACUUUUGGCAAAUAAAAAUGGCUAUUUCUAUAGACUCAUGCAAGAGACUGGUGGAAUGAUGGCUUCUCAAUUGGUUGAUCAAGCCCAUAAAGCCCAUAAGGAAUACAAGAAGGAAAUUUAAGCUACUGCAACGGGUUAGGAGUAUGUCCUGCAAUCCUAUUUUCUGUAUAUUGUACAAUAAUUUACAAAAAAAAUUCAAAUUAGGUUUUUGUUCACUGUAUAAAUUUUAGUUUUAAUUCUUAU